CAGUCGACCAGGACAGAAGUUCACCUCCCAACAGCUUCCGUCAGCACCCACCGGCCUCUCCGUCUCUACGCAGCCUCUCCACCACCACCAACCACCCACGAUGUCACCACGUUCUCCGAGGGCUCCGUCGGCCAUGCUCUCUCUGCUGCUGCUGCUGCCCGCACUGCUCCUGCUGCUGCUGUCGCUGAUGAGUCCGGUGCCCGCCCACGCGUCGGCGCUGACGGGCGCCGGCGGUACCCAUCUGUGUGGAUCGCACCUGGUGGAGGCGCUCUACGUGGUGUGCGGCGACCGCGGAUUCUUCUACACGCCCAGCAAGACGCGCAGGGAGCUGCCUGACGUCAUCCGGACCGAGACCGACGCCGGCGAGCAGCAGGGGGGGGUGGUGUCGGAGGGCGAGGGCGAGCUGUGGGGAGGAGUUGCUGCUCCGGGCGCCCGAGGAGAGAGCCCGAGGACGCGACGCGGCAUCGUGGAGCAGUGCUGCCACCGCAAGUGCUCCAUCUACGACAUGGAGAACUACUGCAACUGACCGAGAACGCCGAACGCCCGGCCACAAACCCACACCCCUAACCUCCCCCCCCCCUAACCUCCCCCCUAACCUCCCCCUCUAACUU